CAAACGCCCGGGCUCUCGCUAAGCUCUCCGCCCACCCCUCCGAGGAGAAGCGGCGGCGGCGAGGAGGACGCGGGAGCGACGGCCCGGCGACGCGGUGACAACGCUCGCUCCCCCUCAGAGCGAGCCUGGAGCCCGGCGGGCCCCUCAAGUUGUCAGUCCGGUGUACAGCUCUUGGAGUGAGGGAGCAAAGGUAAAGGCGGUUGUAAUGCCCUGGCUGCCCCAGAGCAUCUUUUGUUGUGCAAUGGUUAUUCCCGUCAUCUCUCUGUGAAUCAGAUGUGAGGAGCUGCUUUGUGGAAGGAGUCCUUUGCAAAGAGCACAUCAACAGGAAAGAGAAAGAGACAUUUAGUUGGAGAUCUCUUGCUGAAAUGGGUUUAACUCUCCUUUUGCCAGUCACCACUAGCCUGACCUCAUACAUUUUUAGUACAAUGGAGUGGCUGAGCCUUUGAGCAACCACCAUUACAUCAUCGUGGCAAAUUAAAGAACGAGGUGGGAAAAGAGGACUUAUUGUUGUCAUGGCCCAUGAGAUGAUUGGAACUCAAAUUGUUACUGAGAGCUUGGUGGCUCUGCUGGAAAGUGGAACGGAAAAAGUGCUGCUCAUUGACAGCCGGCCAUUUGUGGAAUACAAUACGUCCCACAUUUUGGAAGCCAUUAAUAUCAACUGCUCCAAACUGAUGAAGCGAAGGUUGCAACAGGACAAAGUAUUAAUUACAGAACUUAUCCAACAUUCUGCAAAACAUAAGGUUGACAUUGAUUGCAAUCAGAAGGUGGUAGUUUAUGAUCAAAAUUCCCAAGAUGUUGCUUCUCUGUCAUCAGACUGCUUUCUCACUGUCCUUCUGGGUAAACUGGAGAAGAGCUUCAACUCUGUUCACCUGCUUGCAGGUGGGUUUGCUGAGUUCUCUCGUUGUUUCCCUGGCCUCUGUGAGGGAAAAUCCACUCUAGUCCCUACCUGCAUAUCUCAGCCGUGCUUACCGGUCGCCAACACUGGGCCAACUCGGAUUCUUCCCAAUCUCUACCUUGGCUGCCAGCGAGACGUCCUCAACAAGGAGCUGAUGCAACAGAACGGGAUUGGCUAUGUGCUAAAUGCUAGCAACACCUGCCCGAAGCCGGACUUCAUUCCUGAAUCUCACUUCCUGCGAGUGCCUGUGAAUGACAGCUUUUGUGAAAAAAUUCUGCCGUGGCUGGACAAGUCUGUGGAUUUCAUCGAGAAAGCAAAAGCCUCCAACGGCUGUGUGCUAGUGCACUGCCUAGCCGGGAUCUCUCGGUCCGCCACCAUCGCCAUCGCCUACAUCAUGAAGAGGAUGGACAUGUCUCUAGAUGAGGCUUACAGAUUUGUGAAAGAAAAAAGACCUACUAUAUCUCCGAACUUUAAUUUUCUGGGUCAACUCAUGGACUAUGAGAAGACGAUUAAGAACCAGACUGGAAUGUCAGGGCCAAAGAGCAAACUCAAGCUGCUGCACCUGGACAAACCUGGUGAGCCUGUGCCUGCAGCCUCAGAGGGCGGAUGGAAGAGUGCACUGUCUCUCAGUCCACCCUGUGCCAACUCUACCUCAGAGGCAUCAGGGCAAAGGCUUGUGCAUCCUGCCAGUGUGCCCAGCUUACAGCCUUCACUGUUAGAGGACAGCCCACUGGUACAGGCGCUCAGUGGGCUCCAGCUGUCCGCAGAGAAGCUGGAAGACAGCAAUAAGCUCAAGCGUUCCUUCUCUCUUGAUAUCAAAUCUGUUUCGUAUUCAGCCAGUGUGGCAGCGUCCUUACACGGCUUCUCAUCGGAGGAUGCUUUGGAGUACUACAAACCUUCUGCCACACUGGAUGGGACCAACAAGCUCUGCCAGUUCUCCCCCGUUCAGGAGGUAUCAGAACAGACUCCAGAGACCAGCCCGGAUAAGGAGGAGGCCCACGUCCCCAAGCAGCCCCAACCCAGCAGGCCUUCAGAGAGCCAGAGCAAGCGGUUGCACUCAGUGAGAAGCAGCAGUGGGUCCACCCAGAGGUCCUUCUUCUCACCGCUGCAUCGGAGUGGGAGUGUGGAGGACAAUUACCACACCAACUUCCUUUUUGGCCUUUCCACCAGCCAGCAACACCUCACCAAGUCUGCUGCAGGGCUUGGCCUCAAGGGCUGGCACUCAGAUAUUCUGGCUCCCCAGUCCUCUGCCCACUCCCUGACCAACAGUUGGUAUUUUGCCACAGAGCCUUCACACUUCUACUCUGCCUCAGCCGUCUAUGGAGGCAGCAGCAGUCACUCUGCCUACAGCUGUAGCCAGCUGCCCACUUGUGGUGACCAAGUCUAUUCUGUUCGUAGGCGGCAGAAGCCCAGCGACAGAGCUGACUCAAGGCGGAGCUGGCAUGAAGAGAGCCCGUUUGAAAAGCAGUUCAAACGCAGAAGCUGUCAAAUGGAAUUUGGAGAGAGCAUCAUGUCAGAGAACAGGUCGAGGGAAGAGCUGGGCAAAGUGGGCAGUCAGUCGAGCUUCUCAGGCAGCAUGGAAAUCAUCGAGGUCUCCUAAGAAGACCUCAUACUUCUGUUGACAUUUUUGUUUUGUUUUGUUUCUUGUUCACAAAAACAUUCCCUGUAAAUCUGAAAUAUGUAUAGGUGUAUACAUAUAUAUUUUUGGCAUAUAGAGCUACGGUGUAAAAGCAAAAGAUGGAUCAACACAGUUGUUUUCUUAACACCUGCACCGAGCGCAGCCAAUUCUCUCAGAAAAGAAUGGAAGGGUAGAUGUUAGAAUCCCCAGCCAGGAGACGAGAUUUUGUUCAGUGGAUUGCACAGCAUCUUGUUCCUACAAAAGCAAGGGUUUUGUUGUUGUUGUUGUUGUUGUUGUUUUAAUGUUAGAGGACAAAAUCCUCCCAUUUUGUGUGCAACAGAGAUCUCCAGAACUCAUCUCUGUCCAGGCCUUCCCUAGUGACCUUAGCGCUGAGACUGAGCCAUCUGUGGGUCAGACAGGAAGACCCUCUAGGGAGAGACCCUAAUGGUAAAUCCAAGAGAAAUGAUCCUGUCCAAAGCUGAGUCAUAAAUCUAAGCUUGAUUGACAGCUGAAGAAUACAGGCAUCAUUCUGUUGGAUGAACUAUUUGGAGCCUUGCCCAGAUCUACUUACAACCAAUCCAGUACCUCAGACAAGACAUUUGGGGCCAUCACCACUACCAUGUCUAGUAGCCCAUUGUCUAGGCAUUGUGAAUGAGUAGGUAACUUGUCACUUUACGGACAGAUUCAUACUGUCUAUACACAAAAUCCCAGUGGGCCU